AUGGCUCUGUCGCCGCUGCUUCGCUGGGGUUCCAUCAUCUCGGUCAUUGCAGCCGCGGUUUUCGCCUAUUCAUUCCAGCAACAUCCGUUUCUCUUCACGGAUGUUCACAAUGAGCCUCUUCCAGUGUAUUGCUAUCAGAACGUGAGGACUCAUGAUGCUGCAGACCCGUCUGCUACGUGCUUCUCCGUAGAAGAUGGCCUGUUUCGCUACGUUUGGACCCAGGAUACCGACAUUUCCGUUUCAGAUGGCUUUGCAAUUCCUGGUCUCUGGGACGGCCAUGGGCAUCUGCUGCAGUAUGGCGAGUUCCUUCAUUCGGUUGACCUCUUUGGCUCAAAGUCUCUCGAUGAAGUGAGAGAUCGCAUCAAGACAUACCUUGCUGCAAACCCAGGAGCAGGCACCAAAGGGCAAUGGCUUCGUGGUAUAGGAUGGGAUCAAUCUGCCUUUGGACGCAUGCCUACUGCUGACGACAUUGAGCAAGAUGACGAGCUCAGGGGCAUUUUCAUGAUGCUGGACAGAAUUGAUGUUCAUUGCUCUUGGGUCUCACAGGCAGUGCUGAAUCUCCUCCCGGAAGAGAUCCCAGACGUUCCAGGAGGUGAUAUUAUUCGUGAUCCUGGCCCUGGAGUCUUCUGCGAUAAUGCCAUGGAUAUGAUUAUGGCCCUGUGGCCGCAACCCGGCGAAGAGGAAAAAGCUCGAGCUGUCAAGUCAGCUAUGAAAGAGCUGAACAAGGUUGGCCUGGUAGGAAUGCACGACGCCGGUGUGACGGCAGACAACGUUCGGCUGUAUUCAAAAUUGGCGAAUUCUCCAGACUGGACUGUCCGAGUUUACGGCAUGCUGGAAUGUGCGAAGAGAAACACGUUUUGUCCCGAGGACACUCCUCAAAUUUCUCAUCCACACGGCAUGUUUGGAUUGCGCAGCGUCAAGCUGUUUGCUGAUGGAGCUUUGGGGAGCUGGGGAAGCGCCAUGAUUGAACCUUACAGUGACCGCCCUUGGACUUCUGGUUCACUCUUAAUCAAUGCAUCAGCCCUUACGGAGGUGACCAAAUCCUGGGCUAGAGAGGGUUUUCAAGUCAACAUCCACGCCAUAGGAGAUCUAGCCAACCGCAACGCCAUUGACGCCUUUGAAGCGGCUUUGAAAGAGCAAUGCGGGCAGGAAAGUCUUGCCGAUUGUCAAUCCAAGCACCGGUUCCGCAUCGAGCACUCCCAGAUCAUCCACCCCGAAGACCAAAAACGCAUGCAUGCCCUCGGUAUUAUCCCUUCCAUCCAGCCUACACACGCCACCUCUGAUAUGAAGUACGCCGAAGAAAGGCUUGGACCAAAGCGGACUAAAGAGGAAGCCUACCGCAUGAAGUCCCUGCUCGACAUCAAGCCUGUCCUUGGCAGCGACUUUCCUGUCGAGCCACCAAACCCUUUUCAAGGAAUUUACGCUGCGGUUACGAGGAAGAGCCCGCACACUGGACUUGGGCCUGACCCGAAAAACCCCUCCGAAGGAUGGCAUACGCAAGAGGCUCUCAGUUUGGAAGAGGCCCUUAUGGGCUUCACGCAGAAUGUUGCGUAUGGAGCGUUUAUCGAACAGUACGCAGGUUCAAUUAGGCGGGGUGCAUUUGCGGACUGGGUUGUGCUUGACGAGCCGCUAGAGGACAUGGAUGUCGAAAAGAUUCGCACUCUCAAAGUAAGAGAGACUUGGGUGGCGGGAAGAAGGGUGUACUCGCGAGAUGAGACACGAUGGCCAUUGUCCGAUUCCGAAUAG